AGGAGGAGAGAGGGAGAAGCAAUAUGGCGUUGGACUCUCUCCCUCCCCCCAACAUGGCUUCGUGAUGAGGUCAUAACUGUGCUUGAUCUUUGAUGACGUCACGAGCAGAGAAUGUUAUUUAAAAGUCUUUUUUUUAAUUAUCGCUAAAACGGGGGAAAAACUGAAAGAACGGGAUAAAGACGACGCGAAAAGGUGAUCAUAGUACGAUGAGCGAGUGCCAAUAUAAGGAAUGAAAUGCGAGUGAUAUAGCGACAUACAAAGAGACAAGGUUAAAGAAAAAAGAAAAACACAAGGCACUCUUUGUUAUUUGUCUGAUCUUUGUUGUUAUAAAUAUUUCUACCAAAACACGAGAAAGAAAUAUGAAAGCUCAGCUCGUUACUUCUCGCUCGAUCUGUGUCGCUCUUUGCCCAAAUGCCAGUUUGAGAGUUGACGAAAUACCUCAACGGAAGCUGAACAAAGGACUUGACGACAAAGAUUAGUAUGCCCACACGACACUGGGCCUCUCCCCCUAAACCCCGUACCACAUGCCGCCCUCAUAUUCCGCUGUGACAGGUGAGUUAACGAGGGCGCGCGCGCGGGCGUGAGGGCGGAUGGGCGAGUUAGCUGGACCGGACACAGAGAGAAAGAAUAGUACAGAUUUCUGCAUUGGCGGAUUUCCGGCGUGGUGAUGGUGGCUGACGUGGAGAACCAGAAGACGCCGCUUGUGACGGCCAUGGAGAUGGGCAAGCCGCAGCUGCGGGCUGACUCUGUGAACGAGCUCCUAGAGCGGGACGACGAUGCGGGGCUGCGGCAGCUCGUGCAGAGGUUCUCGGAGGACCAGGUGCGGCGCCCUCAGCCCCUCCCCUCGCAGGCCGCCCACAUUGUAACGUCCCUACACAUCGCGGCGCAGAAGGGGAAGCUGAAGUGCAUGCGCGUCCUCCUGGACAACUCCCCCUCCGCGGACGUGCUCGACGCGCCCGACCACGACGGCAACACGCCCCUCAUGGCGGGCGUAAAGGAGGCGCAGCACGAGGCUGUGAAGAUGUUGCUGGAGGCCGGCGCUCACGUCAACGCGCGCAACAACAAAGGGCAAAGCGCUCUGCACAUCAUCACUUUCGCCAUCCACAAGAACGCCAAACCCGAGGAGGCGCUGCAGAAGACGGCGAAACUUCUCCUCGACUGGCAUAAUAUCGACUUGGAGGCUCACAACGGGUCCGGCCUCACUGCGCUGGCCACCGCCGCCAGGUAUCUGCCGGAGGGAAGUGGUGCGCCGCGCUCUGGCUUCCUCAUCGAGUUCUGCAGGAAUCUAGUGGCAGCCGGAGCCUCUCUGGAGGAGACCGUUGGAUCCGAAGCCAGCGAGGACGUCCUGAGGAGGAAGCAAGCUCUGACAGCCGUUCUGAUGGGCAUGGGGCGUGGCGAUGCUCCGCCUCGACCGGCCCUUUCCAGAUUCUUGGAUCUGCUCGUCCUACGCAAGGGCGCGAAGGAAAUAAAGGACUUCAUGCCCAAGAACUCCGCCAACUGCCGCCUGGGCUCCAAGUCACUCCUUUUCCACGCUGUGGACUCCAACGACGAGGAGCUGACGCGGCUGUUCCUCGACCGGGGGGCCGACCCCUGGGCCGCCGAAAUCACCAAGGUGCUGCCCAUCUACCGCGCCGCCGCCAAGGGACACGUGCCCAUCUUCGAGCUAUUGCUGGAGCACAUGAAGACGAACGCGAGCAAAAAGGUGGAUCUGCAGGAGCACACUUUUCACAUUCUGAAGAAACUGAUCGAAAAUAGUAGGCGGCAGAAAGGGGCUCCUCCAGAAGUCGACCACCUGAAGUGCUUGGAAAGGAUCCUGCAAAAUGACGUCCUCUUGAACCUCAACCAGACCUUCCACGGCCAGACAAUCCUGCACGAGGCCGCUGCCUUCAAUAACCAGGACAUGCUGUGCGAACUGCUGAGCAAGGGCGCCUUCCUCGGGGCGCACCGCAAAGUCAACGAGACGGACCGAGGCAACGUGCUCCCGUCCCUCCUUCCGAGCACACUGGAACGCGCGAUGGACAAUUGCAUCUCAAACCUCCCAACCAACGCGGACGAAGCCGAAGUCGAGGCCGAGCUGGAGAACAUGCUCGGGGACAACUAUACUCUCAAACUUGACUACAGAUUUCUCCUUCCGCCAGGUAGCUCGGAGCAAAAUGUCGAGCAGCAGCGAAUUAGCGAGUUAGGGACCUUAAUGGAUAUCAGCAAAAGCAAGCGACAUCGCGACACCAUCAAACACCCUCUCGUAGAAACCUUCCUGUACGCCAAAUGGCGCAAAGCAUUGCCAUAUUACAUAGCCAACCUCGUCCUCUAUUUCAUAUUCGUCCUCAUCCUCACCGCCUUCGUCUACAGCCUCAAGGACCUUAGGAUACUGGAGGUCAGAGCCUCGUCGAACUCAACCCUAACGGACGAGAUCGAGUCGCAGCAGACGAUCGUGAACUCGCUCAUGGCUAUCCUAAUUCCCUUCACCUUAUAUAUGCUGGUGCGCGAGGUUUUCCAAGUGGCCUUCACCUUCAGCACGUACUAUAAGAACGUUGAGAAUUAUUUUGAGUGGUUCCUAGUAAUAGUUGUGUUCGUGUUGUGUUCUGCUAAUCUCGACGCUGACACGACGCGCCAUCUAGCUGCCUGGGCGAUGAUCGUGGCUUGGUACGAAUUCGUGCUGAUCCUGGGCCGAGCUCCUCUCCUGGCCAAGUACGUGAGGAUGCUUCGACACGUGUCCUAUAACUUCCUCAUGAUGAUCCUCCUCUACGGGGCCCUGCUGCUCGCCUUCACCAUUUCCUUCAACAUCAUCCUCCAGCCAACUGAGGCUGAUAAGGAAACAGAUUUUACCACCUUCUGGACGACCCUCCCGAAGGCGGUGGUCAUGGCGACAGGGGAGUUCGAGUACUCCGACCUCAGCCAGGAGUUCUCGAAGCAGAUCGCCCUCCUGAUGUCAGCUGUCUUGGUGUUCUUGCUCUUCGUCUUCGUCAUUUUCCUUGUCCUUAUGAACGUGAUGAACGGCCUUGCGGUCACGGAUACACAACAAGUGGUCAGCGACGCGGCUCUCUACUCCCUCCUGGCGCGCCUCGAGCUCGUCUUCCUGAUCGAGUCCAUGUUCCUGUGGUGCCCCGGCCUGCAGCGCCUCUCGGCCCGCCUGCGCCUCCUCUCCGGCCCUCACAACACGCCCUUCCUCUUCGCCAAGAUCAACAAGAGGCGGAAGGGCGAGAGGCUGGAGUCGGGCAGAAGCCGGGAGAAUCUGAGUCGGCUGGAUAGCACUACGUCGGAUAAUCUGAGGAUGCGUCGCCAGCAGUACCUGGAGGAGGAGAAGCUUCGCCGCCGAGGAGAUCCUGCUGCUGAGUGCCUCUCCAUCCUUCGGAAAAUAGCCCAGCGCCACCCGGAGAUCCUUCAGGAUGUCGUCGGUACUCCUGAGGCGACGGGGCAGGAGUAGAUCCCGUGCGCCUUCGUUAGAUCCUCAUACGAGAGAACUGGAGAAGAUAUUCGGAGUUCGCAGGGCUUGUGGUGGCGCUCACGGUGAAACGUUAGCAUUGAAAGGGAAAACAUAUAUAGGUGUGAAUAUAUAUACGUGUAUUUCUCUUGUUUUUGUCCGGCCAGAGGAAUUAGGAAAACAAUACAAAGCAAAAAAAGUUUAAAAUGGUAUUGAACCAGAAGCUUCUUACAAAAUGAACCUUUAUUUAAACAAGAUUUUU